UCGCACAUUUCUUAUGCGGAAUAUUAAUAGAUCGCAGUGACAACAAACAUUACAAGUAACGCAAAACAAAACAAAGCAAAACAAUAAAGACUCAAACUCCCCCGUAUUGAGGAGGAAAUGGAAGCAUAACAACGUCUCCGUUCAUUGGCCAACUGACAUCGAAAAACGGAAGUUACACUCUGCAUAAUAAAGUGCGACAAGCUCAAUUUAAAAUUCUAUACAGAACAAAGAAUUAUAUAUCCAAUCAUCAAGCGUUAAACUGUGCCAAUCCUCAAACCCAGUGUUGACGACCUCACCUAAUAUAACUAUACUAUAAUAAAUAUGUCUGAACAACGAUUUUGCGUAAUCUGGCGAAUUUCUCUGGUGUUGCUGUCGUCGCUGUUGUUAUUGACAUUUGUGGGCCAAACGGACGCUUAUGGGUUUGGACGUUGCCCGAACUAUCCAUCGAUGCCAAAGUUCAACAUGAGUCGGGUACUUGGCCAUUGGUAUGAGGUGGAGCGUUCAUUCUAUUUGCCAGAAAUCGCCUCGGGCUGCACCACUUUCGAGUUUCAGCCCUACAACAAAGCGGAUCUGUCCAAGUUUAACAACUUCAAGCUGGAGGUGGCCAUAAAGACCGUUAAUCGCAUCACUGGCAAUCCCAAUGUAAAUCUCGGCUAUGCCACGCCAGAGAACAGCAGAUCCUCCAUUAUGGACUUUAAGUUCAAUACACGCUUUCCAGAGGUGAUCGCGCGUUUGUUGCCCGGUUCUGGGAAAUAUCAGGUGCUUUAUACGGACUACGAUAACUUUGCCAUCUUGUGGUCCUGCGGCAGCAUUGGUUCCCUGGGCUAUGCCGAUCAGAUCUGGAUCUUGGGACGCGAAACAGACUUUGUGCUGAAGAUACGUGAGAAGAUCUACGAUGUGCUCAAGCGACUCUCCUUGGAUCCGGAAAGACUGGUGCUCAGUAAAAAUACCAAUUGUCCGCCAAGAGCAGUAAACAAUUGAUGCCUCUGCUAUUUAUAUCGCAUUCUUUAAGUACUAUAUAUAUAAUAUUGCAUCUUAUUGUUUAGGUUUUAAGUUCCUGUGAUAUCGCAAAACAAAUACAUAUAUGCGAAAAAUGAUAUUUGAGCACGAUGUGGGGGAAUUUAUUGACUUUCAUAGCGUCAGAGCCAAUUAUGAUGGGUACUCUAAUUAAUUCGACAGCUCUAGAAGAUCACAGCAACUGAUCGUCCGUGGAUUCAAUUUAGUCGCAAUAAGAAAACAGACCUCAAAGGAACGUUGCUGAAAAUGCCGAAAUUAUGGAUAUUUUUGCUGCUUGCCCUGCUGCUUAACUGCUUGGAACUAUCAACAGCGCGUGGAGGUGGAGGCGGUGGAGGAGGAGGUCAUGGAGGUGGUGGUGGCGGUCACGGAGGUGGACAUGGUGGUGGCUUUGGUGGCGGACGUGGAGGCGGCUUUGGAGGAGGACGACCAGGCGGCUUUGGAGGCGGCAGACCUGGUGGCUUCGGCGGGCCACCUAGAGGAGGAUUCGGAGGACCGCCAAGAGGCGGCUAUGGUCGUCCAUAUGGCGGUGGCUAUGGUUAUGGUGGCUAUAGACCUUAUGGCUAUGGUGGAUUCGGAGUAUUACCUCUCCCGGUGCCAGUUCCCUAUCCAUGCAGACGUUACCCCUAUGACUACUAUUAUUACGACAGUUACUAUUGCUAAAGGAAUCAAAAUAAACUUGUUUGAUUACGUAAAGUUAUAUUAUUAUACAAAUUACAUCAACAUUUUUGAUACAAGAUUAUUAUUAUUAUGUAAAGGUCCUAAGAAAUUGAGGCUGUAGACAGUUCUCUAAAUAUUUCAUAUAUAUGUAUAUGUAUAUCAUAUUCCUUAUUGUUUUGAUGGUCAUCGGUGUUUUGCGAUUCGUUUGCAAGAGUCUGUUAUAUUUUCAAAAUUGUUGUUUUGGGCAGUUGCUCUUUAGUGAUAUUAACGAGAGUCUCGACUCACCGUUCAGCUUAAGUCUAGUAAAAACCGAUUGGAGUCUAAUCCAAAUUACAUAUGUAUAUAUACGAUUUAAAUAUAGAUGUACAUAUUUAUAUGCAUAUUAUUGAGUUUGAGACUUUUGCAAUUAUGUAAACUUAUGUUCGCUACGGACUAGAUAUGAGAGUACGAAUUACCAAUAAAAUAUGGCUGACUUGUUGCGUUCGUUGUGGAAAGUAAUAUAUCGUAUAAUAAUAUCUAAUAUCGAGUAUAUUAAAUUGCGGCCUUCGAAUACACAAUUGGUAAACAAAAAGGGUCAAACCUUAAUCUUCUCCACUUUCUUGAAUGAGAAAUGCAAAA